AUGUCUUCUAAUGUUUUAGACCAUCAACAACAAACUAUAAAUUCACCACCAUCAGAUACACCAGAUUUAAAUCAUGAUAAUAAUAAUAAUGUAAAUACUAAUAACAAUAAAGAUAAUACCAAUAUAUAUAAAAAUGGUGUUAAUGUAAAUAAUAGUAAUAAUAACAAUAACAAUAAUAAUAGUAAUAGUAGUAAUAAUAAUAAUAAUAACACUAACAAUAACAAUAAUAACACUAACAGUAGCGAAAUAAACACGAAUAGUAUUGGUGAUAAUAGUAAUGGCCAAACAAUAAACUCUACAAGAUUAAAUGAAAAGGGUGAGAAUGAAACAACGACAACCACUACAACAACAGUAACAACCGUUACCACUACAUCUAAUAAAAGACCUUUAGAAAAUGGUUCUAAUCAACAACCUCAACAGCAACCACAAGCACAACAACAUCAGCAAUCACAAGAACCACAACAUCAGCAACAGCAACAAUAUCAACAACCACAGUACCAACAACAGCAGGAUCAACAACAACCACAGUAUGAAGAAAAUGGACAGACAUGUAAAAAAAUUAAACCAAAUGAUAAUGUAACAGUUUCAAAUAACAACUAUGACGGUUUUAACAACAACAAUAACAAUAACAACAAUAACAACAAUAUUAAUAGUAAUAAUAAUAGGAAAAGUUUAAAAAUUUCUCCACCACAACAAUCACAACAACAACCACCAAACACAAUUGGUAGCAAAGAUAGUUUUGAUUUAGAUGAAGAAGAGGACUCAUUAAAUUCAAAUACAAAUUACGAGCCAAAGAAAACUAAAACCAUUCAUAGAUUAAUAGAUAUUUGUUUAGAGGCAUUGGUCAAAGACAUCGAUAAAAUAGAUACAUUAGAACCUCUUCCAGAUGAACUAUGCCAAAAGAUUAUACCAUUAUUUCAAAGAAGAAAAAUACUAUCAUCAAGGACAUUAUCACUUUUUAGAAAUUGUAAAUUAACAAGACUAGAAUUAUGCGGAAAAGAGGUACCAAUAAGCGACGAUUGGCUAAACAUCACCAAGGGGUUAAUGGCAUCAACAAUCACCUAUGUAAAUAUAUCAAAAAAUUCAUUGCUCACAGAUCAAGGUAUAGCGAGCUUAUCUCAUCUCCGUAAUUUACAAUCAUUGGAUAUCAGUUAUGUAGAUAAAAUUGAUGGAUCAGGUUUGGCAGCACUAGUAGAUGCAGGGGUACCCCUUCAAAAGCUUCAAAUGGAAGGUUGUUUGUCAUUGAAACUUCCACAACUAUUUACAACUCUUUCAAAGUUAAAAACAUUAUCCUCACUCUAUGCUGGUGCUUGUAAUAUGACCGAUGAUGAUUGCCAACAACUCUCUCAACUUCAAACUCUAACCCAUUUAGAUGUCUGUAGAAAUGCCGUCAUCACAAAUAGAGGUUUACAAUUUAUUUGUAAUCUAUCUCGAUUAACAGAGUUGGAUAUUGGCGGAAUUAAUCAACUUGAUGCUCAAGGUAUUAAAUGUCUCUUACAACUACCUCAUUUAGAAAGUUUAGCAGCUGAAAAUUGUGGUAUCGAUGAUAAAUGUAUGAAUUAUAUUGGUUCAUUAAAAUCAUUGAAAUCGCUUUCGCUCAUCAAUAAUCCAUUUAGUGAUGUCGGUGCUAAACAUAUUGGUAAUCUAAUUUAUCUUACAACUUUAGAUUUAUCAAUGUGUGCCAAUAUCACUGAUGCAACUUUGGUUCACUUUAGAAAUUUAUCUCAAAUCUCAAAAUUAAACUUAAAUUUUUGUGGUAAUCUUACCGAUAGUGGUGUUACUUCUUUGACCGGUGGUUUAAGUCAAUUAAAAACAUUGGGUAUCAUUGGUUGCAAUAGAUUAUUGAUCAAAGUUAAACAUAGACCAUUGGUAUUAUUAGUCGAAGAUAAUCAAUUACAAAUUAAAGUUAUUUCAAAGGUUAUGGAAAGAUAUAAUUUUGAUGUUGAAGUAGCCUCAAAUGGUCAAAUGGCCUUGGAUAUGUUUAGAGCCAACCCAAGAUACGAAUUAGUUCUGAUGGAUAUGAUUAUGCCAAUUAUGGAUGGUUUAACUGCAACAAUGUUAAUACGAGAAUAUGAAAGAGAAAGAGGAUUAAAAAGAACACCUGUAAUUAUUCAAACAGCCGAUUCAAGAGAAAGUCACAAGUUAAUUUGUUUAGCCGCUGGUUGUGAUGAUUUUAUGACCAAGCCUUUAGAUAAAAGAUUUGUAGAUAAAGCAUGGAAGCUUUUAAAUGAAGAAUUUGAUACAAAUGAAAACAAUGAAAAUAUGAAUAAUGGAAAUAAUACCGAUAACAAUAAUAAUAAUAAUAAUAACAAUGGAAACAAUAAUAACAAUAAUAAUAGAAAUAAUGGUUUUAAUAAUUUAAGUGUUAAUAUAAAUGUAUAAUUUAUAUAAAAAAAUAAAUAAACUAUUUUAAAAAUGUAUAUUGCAUUAUAAUAUAUUAU